AUGCAAGGGUUACACCGAGGCGGCGGCGGUGAUGGUGGCAAUGGUGGCGGUGGACAUAAAAUUGGCGUUGGUGGUGGUGGUGAUGGAACUGGUGGUGGGGGUGGUGGUGGACAUGGUGGAAGUGCCGGCGGCGGUGGUGGUGAAGGAAUUGAGGGGAGAAUUUUGGAAAGUAAUAUAGUGGAAAGGAAGAGGAUUCAAGAAAUAAUUUUAGAUGCUAGUAUGAUAGUAUCAAUCAUGUAUAAGAAAACAACUAAAUUAAUUGUGGAUGCCUUGGUUAUGCUUUGUAUGAGGACUACAUUGACUAGAUGGGAAGUUGAUUUUGAAUUAAUUGUUUUAGAUCAGUUUAAAACCGAGUCUUAG